GCUUUCUCUCUAAUGCCCAGUCCAUCCGCAACAAGAUGGAUGAGUUACGGCUUCAACUGGCUGCACAUAGUUCGAUUUACAACUGUUGCUGAAUGAUCUUUUCUGAAACCUGGCUGGACCCAACCACUCCGGACACGAAUACUAAGGUAGCUGGAUGAAACGCCUACAGAGCACACAGGACAGUGGACUCGGUCAGAACUGGAAGCAUUGGAGAAGCAGAUCCACGAUCUACUCGAGAGGCAAACACGUCUGCGAGAACGAAAAAUGGCGCUGGAAACAUCCCGGGCUGACGCUCGCAAAGCUGCGAUCCCAGGCUUCAAGAACACGACGAGCCGAAAUGAACUUCACUCCUGCACCUGCACACGCACGGCAGGAGGCGAAAUCCAGGACCGGAGCGAUGAACUCUCCCCCACCGCCACGACCGGUCUUCGAGAUUUCUACGAGAAAUCGCUAUGCUGCCCUCUGCGAGACGAAAUCCAACGCUGUUGUCAUCGGAGACUCAAUCGUCCGGAAAGUACGCCCCUCCUUCAAUGAAGGUAAGGUGCGCACUCACUGUUUUCCUGGCGCCCGUGUUCUCAAUGUCUCUGCGCAGGUAACUGCGAUUCUGAAGGACGACGAAAGAUUGGGAGCCGUAGUUCUGCACGCGGGGGUGAAUGAUGUGAGAAUGCGACAGUCGGAGAUCCUGAAGAGGGAUUUCAGGAGUCUGGUCGAUACUGUUCGCAACGCAUCGCCCACGGCGAGGAUCAUCGUAUCAGGGCCGCUUCCUACUUACCGACGAGGGAACGAAAAGUUCAGUAGACUAUUUACGCUUAAUAAUUGGUUAAUGUCAUGGUGUAUUGAACAGAAGCUGCUCUUUGUAAAUAAUUUUGAUCUGUUCUGGGAGCGACCAAGGCUCUUCCGCCCCGACGGGCUGCACCCCAGCAGCAUUGGAGCGGAAAUUCUGUCUGACAACAUCUCAAAGACGCUACGCACCAUUUGACUAGUAAGUACAAAUUUUAACUACAGUCUGUGUUCUUCUCACCCAACUGUUAAGAAUGUUACUGCUUUCAAAUGCAUAGAGACUGUGUCUGUCCCCCGAAUAAUACAACCAAAUAAUAAUUUAUUUAAAAGUCAGAGAAAAAAUCUUAUCAUGAUUAAACCAUAAGACAAUAUGUUUAAUGAGCAAAACCAACGCCUAUAGUUUGGGCUACUUAAUAUUAGAUCACUAAAUCCAAAGGCAGUUAUUGUAAAUGAUAUGAUCACAGACAACAGUUUUGAUAUACUCUGCCUUACUGAAACUUGGCUUACGCCAAAUGAUUACUUCAUUCUAAAUGAGUCUACUCCACCAAGCUACGGUUAUAUUCAUGAGCCACGUCCGGUUGGUCAAGGUGGUGGUGUCGCAACAAUCGUUAGAGACUUUCUUACCGUUACUCGGAGAACAAUGCAUACAUUUAAAUCAUUUGAAGUGCUUGCGUUGAACAUAACUGUUCCAAAUAAAAGUAAAAAACAAUUGGUCUCUCUUACAUUGGUUACUGUGUAUAGACCCCCUUGGCCUUACACUAAUUUUCUGAUAGAGUUCGCAGAGUUCUUAUCGGAUCUAUUGGUUAACGUCGAUAAAGUACUGAUUGUUGGAGAUUUUAAUAUCCACGUAGAUAUUGCUAACGAUCCAUCAGCUGUGGCGUUUAAAGAACUACUAGACUCUUGUGGUGUAAAACAAUACUUCAAUAGACCUACUCAUCGCCUUAAUCAUACCCUAGACUUGAUUAUAUCUCACGGAGCCGAUCUAACCAAUAUCGAUGUUAUACCUCAAAGCGACGAUGUUUCCGAUCACCAUCUUAUAACAUGUACACUGCGCACUGCAGAAAUCAGUUGUAUAUCUCGUUAUCGACAAGGUAGAACAAUCACCUCAACUACUAAAGAUAGUUUCGUAAAGAACUUGCCAGAUCUGACUCCUCUAAUAGCCUUUCCAACUAAUAUAGAAUCGCUCGAUGACAUGACCAGCAACAUGGGCACCAUUUUCUCUAUUGCAUUAGAAGCGGUCGCACCUAUGAAGUCAAAAAGGAUUAAUGGAAGGAUCAUAGCAGCAUGGUAUAAUAACACCACUCGCACUCUAAAAAGAGAAACGCUUAAACUGGAGCGAAAAUGGAAACAAACCCAAUUAGAGGUCUUUAAAAUUGCAUGGAAAGAGAGUGCAAGCUGUUACAAAAAGUCACUAAAAGCAGCAAAAGCCGAGCACUUCCAUUAUCUCAUAGAAAAUAACAAAAACAAUCCAAGGUUUUUAUUUAGUACAAUUGCUAAACUAACAAACAAACAGACUCCACCUGACCUGGGUAUUCCGCCGCACCUUGGUAGCAAUGAAUUCAUGAAGUUUUUUACUGAGAAAAUCGAAACAAUACGAGACAACAUAGCUAAAACCAAACCUCCAAGUGUGUCGGAAGAAUUUGUUUAGAGUUAGAGUGUAAAAGCUAGAGUGUUUCUCUCCUAUAAAUCAGGAAGAUUUAAUUACAAUUAUUGCAACAUACAAACCGACGACAUGCUUAUUAGACCCCAUUCCGACUACUUCAUUAAAAUAAUUACUACCUGCUGUAAUUGAGCCCAUUUGUAACAUAAUCAACUGGUCAAUUAAUCUAGGACAUGUCCCAGGGCCCUUUAAGCUGGCACAAUUAAGCCUCUUCUCAAAAAACCAAACUUAGACCCAAAUGAACUUGUAAGCUAUAGACCGAUUUCAAAUCUCCCGUACUUGUCUAAAAUACUAGAAAAAGUAGUGUCAACUCAACUGUGUACCUUCCUACAAAAUAAUGACAUGAACGAAAAGUUUCAGUCUGGCUUUAGACUGCAUCACAGCACUGAAACUGCGCUCGUUAGAAUUACAAAUGACCUCCUUAUUGCAUCAGAUAAAGGCAACAUCUCACUUUUAAUCCUGCUUGACCUUAGUGAUGCUUUCGAUCCUGUAGUCCAUAAAAUACUACGUUUACACAAUUAUACCUUUAUUCAGGGACAGGCACUGCAAUGGUUCAGAUCUUACUUAACAGACAAAUAUCAAUACGUCCAUUUAAAUAGGAAAUUGUUAAAUCUUACGCAAGUAAAUUAUGGAUUACCUCAGGGAUCGGUUUUAGGACCCUUGCUUUUCUCCAUAUACAUGCUGCCCCUCGGCAACAUUAUAAGAAAACAUGGAAUUAGCUUCCACUGUUAUGCAGAUGAUACUCAGCUAUAUAUCUCAUCAAGACCAGAUGAUUCCUUUAAACUAUCCAAACUGGCAGAGUGCAUCGAGGACAUAAAACAUUGGAUGACUAGUAAUUUCCUCCUUUUAAAGUCUAGCAAAACAGAAAUAUUACUUAUAGCACCAAAAUCAAGUAAACAGAAUAUCUCCGAUUACAGCCUGCAAAUUGAAAGCUGCACUGUUACUCCAACAAAUACAGUUAAAGAUCUAGGUGUUAUAUUAGACGGCAACCUGUCAUUUAAAAAUCACAUCUCAAAUAUCACAAAAACAGCCUUCUUCCACCUUAGAAAUGUUGCCAAAUUAUGAAAUAGUUUAAUAUUUAAAGACGCAGAAAAGCUUAUUCAUGCAUUUGUGACCUCACGGCUUGACUAUUGUAAUGCUCUACUUGUCCUGUAUCAUCGAUAAACAAACUACAGUUAGUUCAGAAUGCAGCUGCCAGAGUUCUUACUAGGUCAAGAAAAUACGAUCACAUAACCCCAGUUUUAUCAUCGCUUCACUGGCUACCCAUUAAGUAUCGUAUUGAUUUUAAAAUUCUUUUAAUUACUUACAAAGCCCUGAUCGGUUUAGCACCUACUUACUUAACCGAGCUUUUAUCACGUUACAACCCAUCACGCUCUCUAAGAUCUCAAAACUUGACAACACCUAGAAGAACAAAAUCCACCAAAGUAGGGCCGAGCUUUCUCAUACGUAGCACCUAAACUCUGGAAUAGCCUUCCUGAUACUAUUCGAGGGUCAGACACACUCUCCUAAUUUAAAUCUAGAUUAAAGACACAUCUUUUCAGCCAAGCUUUCACUUAAUGCAUAGUUAAUGAACAGCAGCUACGCUAAUUAUUCUCCUUAUUCUCUUUCCGCCUCUGCCUCGGGAUGCCCAACCCGAGGUAGGAAGAAGUUCCACCAUCUCCAGACAACCGACAGAUGCCCAUCCCAAAUUUGAGAUUACACCAGCUACAGCUGCAGACUGACUGACCAUCCCAGCUCCAUCUAAGGCAAUUCCACCACCAGCCAAGAUAAAUAUUACCAUCGGACCAUCCAAGCUCAGACCACUACAUCCCCAACCAAGAGCAAAGACGGACUAUUUGUCUUAUUAAUGCUGAAGUUACAAUAUUUGGUAUUAAAUGCUAAACUAAAAUCACAUGUCACCAGUUUGAGUGCAGCUAUGACACGUCAGAGGGGAUCUGGCCCUCCCGGUUGAGCCUGGUUUCUCCCGAGGUUUUUUUCUCCAUUAAUCAAUCAUUGGAGUUUGGGUUCCUCGCCACAGCAGGGCAGUGUUGGCCUGCUCACCGGGAGACUGCAUUCAUUCAUUUAUUUAUUUAUUUAGAAAUGAGAUAUUAUUUAUUAGAAUGAUCUUACUCGUUGUAUAAACACCAUGCACUGUGCUGUGUUGUAACUUUUCUGUUUUUCCUGUUUGCCCCUGUAAAGCUGCUUUGAAACAAUACAAAUUGUGAAAAGCGCUAUAUAAAUAAACUUGAAUUGAAUUGAAUUGAAAGCGCAGAAAUGCCAUAGCACCAGAAAUACAAGUAAUCAUGACAUUUACAUCUUUAGCAACUGGAGAAAUGGAGCAGACAUGAUUUGGUACUUCUAUGGGAAUCACACAAACAUUUAUAGCACGCAAAUUAACUUAUUGUGUCACUGUUCAUUUUCUAUAAAAUGUA